AUGGAAGAAUAUUUGGACACAGGUAAAGAUAAAGAGCAAAACAAUGCUGAUUACAGGAUGAAGAGAAUUGCUCAGAAUAGAGCAGCCCAGAAGGCGUUCAGGGAGAGGAAGGAGAAGAAGAUGAAAGAAUUGCAAGAAAAAGUGCGUAAGUUAGAGAAUAUCAAUGAGAAGAAUGAAAUCGAAACGGUUUUCUUGAGAACACAACUUUUAUCUCUAGUUAAUGAGUUGAAAAAAUAUAGAAUCGAUAAAAAUGACGAUUUUAGAUUGAAGAAGAUAGGUUCACAGUUGAAACAUGAAAAGUUGAAUCUGAACAAACUAACAAAAUCGAGUAGUAGUUCCUCAAGAUUGAGCUCUUUGAUGGAAGAUCUCAACUCAAAUAAAAUCGACACGAUUACAAAGACUCUUACAAAUUCAUCUUUUGCCAGUAUGAAUGGGUCGACUCACUCCCCAACAAGUGAUUUUGCAAUAAACAACAUCGAUAUCGUAUCGCCUCAUUCUGCAUCAGGGUCAUUCACAAAUCAAACGACGGCAGGAACUAGUUACUCGCAUUUCUCUUCGGAAUUGAACUCUCCGACAUCAGUAUCUAACUACUUCGCCGGCAACGCCGGUACAACUUGGCCAGAGGCAUUCAGUAUGACUGACUUGAUGGUUAAUAGUGGCCAUAUGAUGGGGGGGUCAGCAAAUAACCAACAAAGCAAUAUAAAUAGUCUCUCGGUGACAAUGGAUGAUGAAAAAGUUUCAUCGCUUGUGGAUGAAAAGAGCUCUAUAUUGCAACAAGAUAGUAAUUUAUUUUCCACUGAAUUCGAUUUUGCUAACGAAUUUGAUGAACAAGUCAGCACAUUUUGUGCAAAAAUGAAUAAGACUUUCGAAAAUAGGAAAGAAAUGAUAAAACAAUUUUAUACCGAAAAAGUGAGAAAUUCAAAUAAUAAACCAAGAACAGUGAGCAUCAAACAAGAACCAACAACUACCUUGCAAGCAAACAUUCAACCCAGCGACAGUAAUGAUGUAACAGAAAGUCUUGUUGCAGCAUCGAUAGCAUUCCCAGAACAAUAUAAUAUGGUGAAGUCAGAUUCUUUGUAUAACUUCUUAAAACAAAAUAAUAACAAUAUCGGCUAUGGAGAUGUACGAGGAAAUAUCUCAACUCAACCAAAUUCCAUAAUGACAAAUAACUUAUCUAAUAAUGAGCAAAAUUAUAAUUUCUCUAAGGAUGCUCAAUUUAUCGUUUCACAACAAAAUACUGUCAGAAAUAUACAGACUGCUAAUGAAUAUCCAAAUAUAUAUGAAACAGAUGAUUCUAGUGAUGGAGGUGAUGAAGUAGUUGGUCAAAUAGUUCCUUUGACAGAUGGAAGGUUAUUGGAAUGUGGUGAAAUUUGGGAUCGUAUAACAACAUAUCCUAGAUAUUCUGACAUUGAUAUAGACGGACUAUGUGAAGAAUUAAUGGCAUCGGCAAAAUGUUCAGAUAAAGGUGUGCUAGUUUCAUCUGAUGAUGUUCAAAAAGUAUUAUCAAGGCGUUUGGUAUGA